GCCCGCGGCCGGCUGGGCUCGGUGGGCCCCGUGCCCGUGCCCGGCCGGGCUGAGCCCCGAAGGCGGCCCUGCACCCACGUGCCUCCAGGAGGCUGGAGCGCGGAGCUCCCGCUCAGCACCGAAACCGCAGCUCGGCGUGACGCCAACGGGCUGGGCGCGCUGGCCGCCGGGCGCUGCAGUCCCGGCGCCGAGACGGCGACUGCGGACUUUCUGCUCGGGGAACUACCGUACCCAGGGCGCCGCGCGGCGGCGGGCGGCACCGGGCUGCGUGACGAGAGGUGGCUCCGUGUGAGGGGGAGGAGUCGGCGUGGCCUGCGGAAAGUACUAAAUUCAGAAAAGUUUGGACAAGUCAUUCCACAUCUCCUAUUACUUAUGAAAGUGGAAGAAUCUAUUUUGACAAUUAUCGGUGCUGUGUCAGUAGCAUUGCAGGAGAGCCAAGAAUACUUUAUCAAAUGCCACCAUGUUCUAAAUCAGAAAAAAUAGAGGAUGCUUUAUUAUUGGAAUGUCCUCUGGGGGAAACAUUGCCCAGUCUUUCAGACUAUAAAACUUCGCUUGCAGUUUUGACAGCUCAGAACUGGCUCCUUCGUCUCUCUGCUAAUACUGGUGAAAUACUGGAAAAAAUAUACCUUGCAGGAUCCUACUGCAAAUUCAGGUACUUGAACUGGGAUUCUCCUCAAGAGAUUAUGGUUGUAAAGUCUGUUCAGCAGAAGCUCUCAGCAGCAGCACGACAGGCAGGCAUCCAACAGUCUGUGCUGUUUUUUCUUGCUGUGUUCAGAGUUCUACCUCUUUCCUUUAUUGGAAUGCUGGAGAUAAACAAAAAAAUAUUUGGAAACAGCGUCAUGGAUGUUGCCAUUUCUAAUGGAAUACUGAUUGUGAUGUAUAGCGUGGGCCUGGUCAAGCUUUAUAGCUUCCAGGCUAUCUCUGAGCAGUUCAUGGAGCAGCACUUUGAUUUGGGCAGUGAAUUCAGCUGGAAUAAUAGAGUUGGAAUUGUAGGAAAGUAUCCAUUUGGUCUUCCUUGCAACAUAAAAAUAACAGAUACCCCACCUUUGCUAUUUGAAGUGUCUUCCUUAGAGAAUGCAUUUCAAAUUGGAGGAUACCCUUGGCAUUACAUCAUCACGCCUAAUAAUAAAAAGCACAAAGGAGUCUUCUAUAUUUGUUCUCUGAAAGACAAUACUUUGGCAAAAAAUGGCAUACAAGAUAUGAAAUGCUGUUCACUAGAACCAGAUUGGAUCUAUUUCCAUCCAGAUACUUCAGGUAGAAUAAUCCACGUGGGACCAAAUUUGAUUAAAGUCUUGAAAAUGAAGGAAAUUGAAAAUAAUACCAACCAACAAGAAAUUGUAGAAGAUUUUAUCAUUGUGGCCAACAGGGAGAAUAUUGUGAACAACUCUGUAACUGUAACAGCUUCUGGCCGAGUGGUGAAAAAACGUUUUAACCUACUGGAUGAUGACCCAGAACAAGAGACUUUCAAAAUUGUGAACCAUGAAGAUGAGUUGGAUUUGUUAUCCGUCGUGGCAGUCACUCAGAUAGGACCUGAUGGUAGAGCUCACCUUGACCUUCACUGUAAUGAACAUGGGAUUCUCCUUAAGACUGUUCCAUUCUUGGAGUCUUGGGAUGUGACUUACAGUCACCAAGUUUACUUUGACAGAGAUGUAGUGUUACACAUUGAACAAAAACCUAAUCGCAUCUUCAGCUGCUAUGUUUACCAAAUGGUCUGUGAUAGUGAAAAUGAAGAUGACCAUACAAGCUAUAAAAAAAAGAAGAGAUUGUGUUGUAAAAAAGGGGGGAGAAUUUUUGAAUAUUUUUAAGAGACAGUCUCCAGCUGCAAAGACUUCGCUUGGAGUAAUAGCCAAGGAUAUUUAUUGCUGUGGAGUAGUCAGUUGCUAUCUUUUGACCACUGUGUGUGAAAAUUCAUAUUUUGAUCUUAAAUUUUUAUAUAAUUACAUUUUAAAUCUUCUCUUUUUGUACAUCUUCUAUAGACCAUAACUGUUUUUCAUGUAUUUACAUGUUUGUUAUUGCUACCAGGUACAGAUUAUAAUAUAGUAACAUAAAUAAUAAUAAUGAUACUCAUAACCAUUGUUCGGCAGUUAGUCUAAAUGAAACACAUGGUGUCAGUCAGAAAGAUUUGAACCUACUAGCAUGCUGUAUUGCAUCAUUUUUUUAAAAAUAACCUCAGGUAUGCAACUUUAAGAUAAAGUUACUUAAAGCAAAGUAAAUAAUUUGUAUAGGAUGAAGAUUUGUUUCAGAUGAAUAGAUAAGAGUUGUCAUCAAACUGUAUAGACAUGAACUAAAUACAUUCUGUUGUUUCUAUGUGACUGUAUAAAAUGGAGGGUUUUUUUAAAUGGAAGGUGCUAAUAAUUUAUAUAAAUAUCAUCCUUAGAAAACAAAUAAAUACAGUUAAUGUGUUUGUAAAAA